GUGUGCGCGACGGCUACGGGGAAACCCCAGCGCUGCUGGUCACUGCUGCUGGUCGGGGAGAAGCGGACUGGGAAAGCCGGCAGGUGUGUUUGGAUACAUCCCUCUGCGGGCACGCGCAUCCUCGGGCCCGGCAAGAGUGGUCCUGAUGCUGGCGGUCGUGUGCGCGCAUUACAUCACUUCUCUCCGGCGUGAUUGGCUGUAGGUCAACUCCUCCGCCUGCCGUGCAGCAUCAACCGCCCGCCUCAGCAUCCCGAAGCGAGCGUCAGCGGCGUUUCAAACCAACAACCUCAUCACCAUCAUCAUCCCCAUCAUCUCUGAUUACUAAAAAAAAAAAAAAAAACCUGUUCGUGUAGGUGUGCGUGUUUUCUUUUUCUUGCACUGGCGGCUCGUUUCGAGGAUGGCAGAGAGCGAGGCAGACACGCCGAGCACGCCGAUUGAGUUUGAGAGCAAAUACUUCGAGUUUGAUGGAGUGCGGCUGCCGCCCUUCUGCAGAGGGAAGAUGGAGGAGAUCGCCAACUUCUCCCUCAGAAGUAGCGACAUAUGGAUUGUCACCUACCCCAAGUCAGGCACCAGUCUACUUCAGGAGGUUGUGUAUCUUGUGAGUCAGGGAGCAGACCCAGAUGAGAUUGGCCUUAUGAACAUCGAUGAACAGCUGCCUGUCUUGGAGUACCCCCAACCUGGCCUGGACAUCAUACAGGAGCUGACGUCCCCUCGUCUGAUCAAAAGCCAUCUUCCCUACCGAUUCCUCCCCACAGCCAUGCACAACGGAGAGGCCAAGGUGAUCUACAUGGCUCGUAACCCUAAGGACCUGGUGGUGUCCUACUACCAGUUCCACCGCUCUCUCAGGACCAUGAGCUACCGGGGAACCUUCCAGGAGUUCUGCCGGCGCUUCAUGAAUGACAAGCUGGGAUAUGGUUCCUGGUUUGAACAUGUUCAGGAAUUUUGGGAACAUCGUAUGGACUCUAAUGUCCUCUUCUUGAAAUAUGAGGACAUGUACAAGGAUCUGGGGACGCUGGUGGAGCAAUUAGCCCGGUUCCUGGGUGUUUCUUGUGACAAAGCUCAGUUGGAGGGCAUGGUAGAGAGCUGCAACCAGCUCAUCGAGCAGUGCUGCAACUCAGAGGCACUGUCCAUUUGCAGGGUGCAUGGAAGUCUGGUGUCUGGUCUGCUAUAGGCUUAACACACAGCUGUCAGUCUGAUCUGUCUCACACACGCGGCAGCAGGUCGUGUGGGUCUGUGGAAGGACAUCUUCACAGUGUCAAUGAAUGACAAGUUCGAUGCGAUGUACAGACAGAAGAUGGGCAAGUCUGACCUGACCUUUGACUUCUGCCUGUGAGGAGCGCCUCACCCUGCCCUCCUCCCACUGAUCUACUUGAGUACAGUCAACAAGUGCACACCUCCUGCCAAAACCCACGCUCCUACGUCUCCAUUCAAUCAACCAGUCUGAAGUUUAAUGAUACAGUCCGACAGUGGGAUUACACUACAAGACUUUUUCCAGAAUGCAGUCUGUCUCGAGUCAUCAAAAACCACUCCCUUGUGGACUGAUCAAAAUGAAUCUAGAUUUAUUAGGAGUUUAUUGAAAUUUCUCAAUCAAUAGUAAAACCAAACCUCCCUCAACCCCUACCUCCACAGUAUGUUCCCACUGCUGUGUAUGUAUAUGUGUAUAUACUGACCAGGGUUCGACCGAUAUAGGGCGGAUACUUAUAAGAUGAAGUAUUGGUCAACCUUUACGCCAAUGUUCAAAAUCCUACAAUAUGGCCGCAUUCAUAGCUAAACUCAAGCUACGUGCAGAUAUUUGUGACUGAAACACACGUCAGCAUGCCCAGUUCAGCUAUUUAAUUCUUUCAUGUCACGAUUGUCCCUCUUCUGGGUGAAAUUGCUCUGUCCGUAAUUGGCCGAUACACUAACCAGUUAGUAGGAAGUGUUGUUCAACCACAUCUAAAGGCAAAAGUGUUUAUAUCUAUUCCAAAUGGCCACAUUCAAAGGCAGCCUGCUGUUAAACUGUAGGGUUGAGACACAAUAGUUGUUCAAAUUGGGAUAACAGCGCAAACCUUAAGACAGUUUCUCCUCAAAUGUUUUCUUGGUGUUGCACUCAUUUGUACACAGAAAAGUAGAAUAAAAAGAAGUAGCUGCGUGAGGAAUGAAAAAGAGAUGAUAGUCGGAUUGUCAGUUUUGGAAAGUUACAUAACUUGUUGUACGCAGCCACCCCAAUUAAGACAUCAGAAAGUUGGGGUGGGGGGGUGGAGGAUUUCAGACAUUGUUUGACGAUCCAUGAAACACUUUGUUCGAAGCAUACUGAUGCCUUAAGAAUUCUUGAAUCACUUUUGGUCUGGCCCCUCGACUGAGACCACUUUGGCUUGGGAGACCCCACCAGAAGCUAUUGCCCCAGCAACACUGCUCCCACAAUUCUCGGAGGGGUUGGUAGGGUGUUUGGGCUUGCCCUUAGGGACUGUGUUAGGGGCUUGGACAUUUCAAUGGACUGAAAGGAGCUGGUUGAGGUGGUUCAAGCCCUGUGGACGCACUCCAUGUCCAACUGGGAAGAGACCCGGGGCAGACCCAGAACAUGUUGGAGGGAUUGUACUUCCCAUCCGGAGAUGCAUCAGGAUCAGCCACUAGGAGCUGCAGGAAGUAGCCAGGCCUAGAGGCCUAUGGCCUACUUUGCUUAAUCUGCUUCUUCUGUGACCAGGUUACAUGGUAAUGUAUGUACUGUCCACAAGCCCAUGACGACACCCCUAUGACAUUUCAUAUGCUACCACCAAAUAGUCAACCUUUUGUGUUAAACUUACAAGUGGUGAAAAUCCUCCUUUUUUUUGCCCUAAUGUUUUUGAACAAAAAAAACAGGCACUUGGGCCAUAUAAAAGGCUACUUGGGUUGAUAGAAGGGUGCUUAGGGUGCUCAAGAUCACCAUCUAAUGUCAAAAAGAAAACAUGGAUGUUUCCCUUUCAGCCACAGAUAUAUCCUGCUUAAAAAGAUUUCCAAUAAAGGGGAACUUUAUGUAGUCAACUAACACUUCGACUUAUGGUUGACAGAGCAUAUCAGCCACAAAUAUCUGUGCGUAGCCUUAGUGUUUCUCUCUGAUGUUUCUGGUUGUCAGGUAGAUAAAACUUCUGAAACAUUUACACCAUCAUAAAACACUAAAACUCUUCAGGGAAGCCCAGACUAAUGAAACAGUUUUAAGGUUAGGAGCUCUGUAGUUCAGGCCACCCACACCUAUUUAUUGGUGGGGAAACUGGUAUACAUUACUGCCUGUAAGUGAGAAAUGAACUCAUCCAGCAACACCUUGCUAACGCUGGCCGCUGGGAUAUCUUUUACUGGCUUGGAAAACAUAAUUGAGCAGUAACAAGGAGAAAACAAAAUACGCAAAGAGAAUUGUGGUUGUUACAGACAACACCAAUAUCAGGCCAUUAUUCUGUCAAACCAAUAUUGGUCUCACCCUGAUACUGAGUGCGAUAGUUGUCUUGAUGCAUCAGUGGCUCUGAGCCAGAUAAACGCAUAGAUGAUAAUUGUACGAAGCAAAGCCAAAUCUGUAGAGAGGGAGCUUAUCACGACUAAAUCAUCCCAGCAGCUCAGUGUCACAGCUGGGAGAGUGAAUGAUCAUGAUUUUUUUUUUUGCUCAAAGUGCUGCAGGAUCUUCAGCCACCAGCACUGAUUGUCACUGUACACUUAUGUAUGAGCUUCAUGUGUGUGUAUAUGUGUUUCAGAUAGUGCAAGAGAUAGUUAUGUCUUGUCAAUGCUCAGUCAUACCACCAGAGUGCAUCAGACUUCCCAGGCUGACUUCAAAUUUAAGGAUUUGUCAGUUAUCCUUAAAGCCCUAAAGCCAAAUUUACAAAUGUUGAACUUUGGUGCACCCUGGUGGUAGUAUUAAAAAUAACACAGUGGUCAGUUGAAUGAGCUGAAAGCAACACAAAGACGUCACCACUUGGCUUUAGGAUGUUAGGAUUUCAGUUACUCUACAAUGAAAAGUUUAUGCCAUCAGAAUAAUUUGAAAGAUGCUAUAAUCACAUAAUAAUUCUACACAAGUGGCUUUCAGGAGUAACAUACUCAACUCUUCACUGGCAUUUUUGUCCAGUAUCCAAACAUGUUGGUUAUAUUAGCAAGCUGUUGUUGCACUAUAUUUACUGUAUGUCACCAAACGUGGCUCAUUUUUCCCUCUGGUGGUCAAAAUAGAAAAUAUGUCAUGUAUAAAGGCUAAUUUUAGACACUUGUCUUUG